AUGCAAUUCGGAAGCAUAGCGCGCGUCGGCAGCGUGCGGUUGGCAUGCGGUUAUGCGGAGCCCAUUUCGCGCACGAUAACGCCGUUCGGCUUAUGCCGAGCAUUCGGGCACUCCGUGCGUACUAUGCACCGCGGCGAUCGGGUUAAUGUCGAACAGAGACCCGCCUUGCCUCGCCUCGUGGACGGAAGCGUGCAGUACGCAGCGUUUAACGUUCACUAA